CUCACAUUUUGUUAGAUGUAUUCCAUAUUAAGGGUCCUAAACUAGGAACUAAAAUAUUUGUCUCCCUCUAGAUGUUGUAUGCAGAUCUCUCUCUCUCCCUCCCAGCACCCCUCCUUCCCUUGUUCCCUCCCUCUAACCCCUCCUUCCCUCUAACCCCUCCCUCCCUCUAACCCCAGCCAUCUGGCAGAACAAGGAAAUCCCUCCCCCUCCCACAGACUCUCUUCUGUGGAAACUAAACUGAUCUGAGUCUCUGUGUCGUCUGUCUGUGUGAGAGUGAACAACCGUCCAAAUGGCUCAGCAGGGAGUUCUGCUGGACCAGGACCAGUUCCGUUGUUCUGUCUGUCUGGAUGUACUGAAGGAACCGGUCACCAUCCCCUGUGGACACAGUUACUGUAGAAGCUGUAUUGAGGGCUGCUGGGAUCAGGAUGUUCUGAAAGGGGUCUACAGCUGUCCUCAGUGCACAGAGACCUUCACUCCAAGGCCUAAUCUGAGGAAAAAUAACAUGUUGGCUGAGGUGGUGGAGAAACUGAAGACAGGACUCCAGGCUGCUCCCCCUCCUGCUCUGUGCUGUGCUGGACCUGGAGAUGUGGCGUGUGAUGUCUGCACUGGGACCAGAAAGCGGAAAGCCCUCAUGUCCUGUCUGCCGUGUCUGGCCUCUUACUGUGAGACUCACCUCCUAUCUCACUAUGAAUCUCCUGCUUUGAAGAAGCACAAGCUGGUCAAAGCCACCGCACAACUACAGGAGAAGAUCUGCUCUCAUCAUGACAAACUGCUGGAGGUUUACUGUCGUACCGAUCAGCAGUGUAUCUGUUAUCAGUGUGUGAUGGAUGAACAUAAAGGCCAUGAUGCACUGUCAGCUGCAGCAGAGAGGACUGAGAAACAGAGGCAGCUGGGGAUGAGUCAGCAGAAGGUCCAGCAGAGUUUCCAGGAGAGAGAGAAGGAGCUGAAGGAGCUCCAAAAGGUUGUGGAGUCUCUCAAGCGCUCUGCACAGUCAGCAGUGGAGGACAGUGAUCAGAUCUUUACUGAGCUGAUCCGCUCCAUUGAGAGAAGGAGCUCUGAGGUGAAGGAGCUGAUCAGAGCCCAAGAGAAGGCUCAAGUGAGUCAAGCUGAAGGACUCCUGGAGCAACUGAUGCAGGAGAUAGCUGAGCUGAGGAAGAGAAGCACUGAGCUGGAGCAGCUCUCACACACAGAGGAUCACAUCCAUUUCCUCCAGAGUUAUCAGUCUCUCUCCAGUAUCAGUGUAUCUUCAGAAUUACCCAGCAUCGUUGUCCGUCCUCUUCAGUACUUUGGAGAUGUGAGUAAGACUGUGUCUGAACUGAGAGAGAAACUAGAAUACUUCCUUAAAGGAGAAUGGACCAAGAUCUCCACUAUAGUGAAUAUAGUGGAUGUUGUACUGCCUCCAGAGCCCAAGACCAGAGAACAGUUG